AAAGCGAUCAUGGGCUCUUCUUCUAGAAAUCUCUAUGCAGGAAUUGGAGAAGGUCAAUCAACUUCUAGGCCAUCACUCUUUGAUGGCACCAACUACUGUUAUUGGAAGGAACGGAUGAGAGUCUACAUUCGUUCCACCAACUUCGAAUUGUGGUUGGUGAUCAAAAAUGGCGAAGAAAUCCCUAUGAAGAAAGUGGGAGAAACCACGGUCCCAAAGACCGAAAACGAAUUUGAUGCCGAGGACAUCAAAAAGGUCGAGAAUUAUGCAAAGGCAAUAAACAUGCUUUAUUGUGCCGUAAAUCUUGAUGACUACCGCGAAAUCUCUUGCUGCUCAUCUUGAUGACUACCGCGAAAUCUUGUGGGAUAAACUUGAGGUGACGUACGAAGGAACGGACCAAGUACGUGAAGCCAAGAUCGACUUCCUCACCCAAGAGUAUGAGAUGUUUAGAAUGAAGGAGCACGAAAACAUCGACGACAUGUUCGACCGAUUCUCCAAGAUAGUCAACGAUCUUCAUACUUUGAAGAAGACCUACACCGACAAGGAUCUUGUGCGAAAGAUCCUACGGAGCUUGACAUCCGAAUGGCGAUCUAAGGCCGAUUCCAUCUAUGAGUCAAUCGGCACAUCAAACGUCACCAUCGACGGUUUAAGAGGUAAUUUAAAAACGUAUGAAUCUACUAUACUUAACCCGUAUUUGAAUGACCAGAGAAAAGGCAUAGCAUUAAAAGCCUCCAAAGAACCGAAAAUGAAUGACUCAAGCGAUGAUGAAGAAGUCAAGCUUGUCAUGAAGAAGUUUUGCAAACUUCUAAGAAAUAAAGAAAAGGUUGAGGAUGGCCCUGUGUGCUAUGGAUGUGGUGAAGCCGGGCACAUCAAGAACAAAUGCCCGAAAAACGGAAGGAACACUCGCCGUUUCAAAAAGCACAGAGCAUAUAUCUCAUGGGGUGGCGACUCCGGCGACGAGUCAACUGAUCAAGAAGAGGAGGAAGCCGCCAACCUCUGCCUCAUGGCGCAUGAAGAUCAAAUCGACGUCAUUCAAGAGGACAAGAGCAGGGCUGCCACCUCCGGGGAAUCAAAGUCCAAAUCCCGGGCGCCUACGACAUCCACCGAGGAACGCCUCUACUAUGGCGACGGAUCGUACCUCUGGUUUGAUUCCGAGGAGGAACGCACCCGUUUUCUCACCUUCUUCUGUAAACGGGUUGUGGCUCCUCCACGGAUCAUCUCGGAGCGCUACCCGGAGCUGCAGGGCUACGACGACCUCGACGCGCAGCUUCAUCAGGCCGGCCUUUGGCCUUUCGUCUCCCAGGCUCGGAAGGAGAUCAACCCGGCGCUGAUUCGGGUCUUCUACUCCAACCUCCGGCGUGAGGGAGACGUGCUCUAUUCUCUUGUCAAGAGCACGCCGAUAGAACUUUCAAUUGAGCAGCUUGGGCGCAUCGCCGGCCUCCCCUACCAAGGCGACAACGUCUCCCUCUAUGGCGGAGAGGACUGGGUGCUCAACAACGAGGGCCUUAUCCUCAACGAGCUUGGCAUCACCGAGCUCAUCCGCCAUGCCUCGGGCCGCCCCAGCAUCCACUCCGCUAACCCCGAAGGCCGUCUUCUUCUCUACAUCGUGUCCCGAAUCAUCAAGCCCCGGAAGCAUGGCCACACAAUCAUGUCCGGUGAGGACCUCAAAAUCAUCCAUGCGAUCAUGCACUCGGCCCCAAUCAAUUGGGCAAAGUUUCUCAUGAUCAACAUGACGAUUGCCGCGUCCACCGACCACGAUCCCCUCCUCCCGUACCCGUUCGUGGUGAUGGACAUCCUUGAACGGUUCAAGGUGACCACCACCGUUGGCCCACUCACAAAGGCCACGAAGAUUUGGGCGAUCAGCACCCAAACCUUCAAGAAGCGGUCGGACAACGCCGGACCUGCCACUGCCGUGCAACGGCCCCGUUCUGCUGCUGGCCCAGCCGAACCCCAGGCCCGGGCCAACCUUGCCUCCAUUGCUGACUCCCUCAAUCUGCUGCACUUCAAAGUUGAUGGGAUGGAUGGCUACCUUGAAAGACUUGACGAGGCGGUCCAACGCCAAGGGUACGCCAUGAACGCGUACUUCCAACGCGUUAACUACGUCCCCCCACCGUACCAUGGCACGUUCUUUGGGCAGGUGUACGGUGACGAGGAAGAAGACGAUGCCUCCUACGACCCGUGAAGCUCCCCGGACGAGGACGAGUUUGACAACGCCGUUGACGGUGAUGAGA